AACACGUCCCCCCUCACAAGAGUACCGUACAGAACUGUAUAUUGCUGGACAGGAAUAUUUCUGCUCUUACUCUCGCUUCACAGAUUAUCUCGCUUCCUCUCUUCCUGUCCAUAUACCCACGCCCAGCGACCAUCAUAAUGCCUCCGAUACGAAGCGCAAGAAAUCGAAAGCCUCCUCCGGAAGGCUUCGAAGAUAUCGAGGACACUCUGCUGGAUUUUGCCAACAAGAUGAAAGAUGCGGAGAAUGCUUCGCAUGAGGGCAAGAAACGCCAUGAAAUGAUAUGGCCGAUCUUCCAAAUCACCCAUCAACGGUCACGAUACAUCUACGACCUCUAUUACACCAAAGAAGCCAUCAGCAAGCAGCUAUAUGACUGGCUCUUGAAGAACAACUACGCCGACGCCAACCUCAUCGCGAAAUGGAAAAAGACCGGCUACGAGAAGCUCUGCUGCAUCCGAUGCAUCCAAACGAAAGAGACCAACUUCAACAGCACCUGUAUCUGCCGGGUACCCCACGAUCAACUGCAGGAGAACCAAAGCAUACAAUGUGUGAGCUGUGGAUGUCGUGGCUGUGCGAGCAGUGAUUGAGAGGACGACAUGGAGAGGUUCAUUGGGAACGGAUCUUUGAAAGAGAACGAACACUUCCGGCCCGGGUCUUCUUGUACGAUGUUUUCCCCUCGGAAGCAGUCCAAGUGGGAGGAAUGUAAACAAGGUCGGGGGAGAGAGAUCUAACAGAGCCACGAGGCCAGGCGAGGGAAUGUCUAGCGCCGUAGAGACGGCCUGUCAGUCCGGCAUAGAUGAAGAUAACUUAUUCGAUGACAAUCUGGGAGCUCUUCAAGUGGGAGAGAGCGAAUGUUGAGCGGCGCAUUCAGCAGAUCGUGCGGAAUUUGUAAUUGCCACACAGCUUUAGAUUUGUCUUCGAAUUUUGGCCAUGUCCGAGUGGAAUUCGGAUAUCGAAGAGAUCAAUCAACCGUUUUACUAGUAUCUCAUGUUCAA